UAUGCCCUAAUUCGCGGGAGUAAUUCUGGAACAGCCCACUUCUCACCGCACAUGUUCGCUUCACAGAUCCUACAACGCGGACACGUUUCCAGAGAUCCGGAAAUGGGAGGACCUCCGUACGAUUGUCUAGCAAAUCCGCUUGGAGCCGUCCGAUUCACCUUCGAAAAGGCGAUAUCUUCCGGCUCCGAUCCGGCGUCAUUUGACGGUGGAGACUGGGGCGCCGUCGAUCUCUUCCGACACCUCUUCUCCGACGAAGCUGCUUUCUCCCAGGUUCCAAUCCUCGAUUCGUCGUCUAUCAAAUGGGUACAGCCCAACAGUCUUGUCAGAUUUCGUGGGAUGAUACAGGACAUGCUUGGAAAUGAAUUCUAUGUCGGUGCUUACAAGGAUGGUUCCACGUGGAGAACCAAUAAGUACAGUGAUGUUUCCCAGUUUCCCUCAGCUUCUUCCCCUGAUAUGCGAAUCUGGGAGCGUCGCCUGCUAUACUGCAUUCCUAUCCCUGGACAAAAUUCAUGGACUGAACCUUCCUCUGAGGCAUUGAAGAACAGCUUCAUGGAUCUUACAGGCGAGUGCAGGGAAAAGCGUUCGAGGGCAGAUGAAGAAAUGACUGACUCCAUGGACUUGAAUAUGUCCGAGAGUGACUUCAGAGAUUCUCCCGCCAAGAAAAUGAGAGUGGAUGAAGGUCAUUCUUCAUCUUCGGAAUCUCUGGUUAGGGGGACUGAUAAUGCACCAAUGAAUUUGGCUAUUCAGCCCGCUGUUAACAAAGAUUACAUUCCUUGUCUUGUGAAGAUAUAUGAUUCUCCAGAGGCAGAACUGAAGCUGAACGAUGUGAUUGAGUUUAUAGGGGUGUUAAAUUUUGAACCAGACAGUGUGGCAGAUAGAGAUGCCCAUGAUGAAUCCUCCGAAGGACUUGAGGUUGACACAGUUCAGUUGCCCCCUGGAAAGGUUCCACGCCUCCAUUGCAUUAUCCACCGGAAGCUUGAAGCACAACACUUUCUGUGCGCUCCUUUGAUAGAGCCAAAGUCCCCCCAAAUAUUCAAGGAGAUAAGAGAGAGUUUGAUGAAGCACCUUACAGGCUUGCUUGGAAAUGAUUACAUUGUGGCUCACUUUGUAUUGUUGCAUCUUCUAUCGAAGGUGCAUGGUAGAGUAGAUAAUGUUGCAAUGGGUAAGCUUUCACUUAAUCUCAUGCGGCUGAAUAAGGAAAGCGUAUCUAUCUUCGGUACCCGACUUAGUCACGCCCUCAAGAGUCUCCUACCAUUCACACAGUCUAUACCACUUACUAUCGAGUAUCUAAACACAACCUCCCUUGCCCCCAAGAAAGAUUAUCAAACAAACAGAUUGGUGACUGGAAUUCUGCAACUUGCUGAAGGUACACACUUGACAUUUGAUGAAACCCAGUUGGAACCUGGCACUUUGAACUCUGUCGGGGUUGAGAAUGCAAGUUUGCUGAAAAAUCUAUUGGAAUAUCAGAAGUUGGAGUAUGAUUUCCAGUACUACAAAAUGGAAAUGCCAGCAGAUGUUCAAAUGCUUAUAUUCUCCGAGGGGAAGUCGAACAUUAUGCCUGCUGAUGUGGUUGUACCUUUUCAACCUUCUGAAGUGAAUUCCCUCGAGGAAAUAGCCCCGGAAGCAGCAGAAUCUUGGAGGUGGUACUUAGCAACUUGUAGAUCGCUAUCCCACUCAAUAGGACAGGAGAUUCAACAGGUGGUGGAGAAUGAUUUGGUAGCAGCGAGGCAAGCAGAUCGUAGUUUAGGCAGCCAAGACUUGAGCAGAUUGUUGACGAUGGCUCGUUUGAUGUCUGCAAGUUAUGGUGAGACAACACUUUCAUUAGAGCACUGGCAAAUGGUGUUGGAACUGGAGAGGCUUAGAAGGGAAAGACUCAAGUGAGGCUUUUAAUGUUUCUUGCCAUAUGUAGUAAUCUCGAUGAAGUAAAGUGUCUUAUACAAAGUAUCUGUUGUUGUAAGAAUAAUCUAGAUUUAGAAUAUUCGUCCCCUUUUUAAACUUGAGGUUCGAAGGUUUAAAUUCGGUAUGAGACGACGUUUUGCGUAUUCGUUUCA